AUGGUCCACUUCGCACUCUUCUCGCUCGGCCUGGCUCCGCUCUACCUGCCCACGCUCCUGCAGCCGUCGCAGGAAGCGCUUUUGCACCGCUCCAUUCAGACGUGGGGCAUCUCGACGCUCCGGCAGCAGAUCCAUGCGCGCCAUGUCGCCAAGGUUGCGUUCUACGCCGACGAAUCGGCGGUGGAGGUGCUCGACUCCAACGGGCUGCAGCGGCGGGUCGCCAUCUUCCCCGGGGUGGCGCCGAUCCUACUCCAGGACCUCCGCUCGGAGAAGCUUCCCUUCUUUGUCGUGCCCGAGCGCCCGCAGGCGCCGAGCGUCGUGCUCGCAUUUGCCCGCGGCUUUGUCUCGAUGCUGGUCGUGAUCCUGGUCAUCAACGCGCUGGGAAUGCUAGACCAGUUCGUCUGGGGCUGCAUGAUCGCCGGCAGCGUCCUCAAUGCCGUCUCCGAGCAGGUCGCCUCGGCGUGCGGGGCGGCGGGCGCGGCUGCGGGCGCGCGGGUGGCGGAGGGGAGGAAGCGGCACGGCGAGGCGGUGGCGGGGCUGUACCGGGCUCUGGGCGCGCUGUCGGCGGGCGGGCCGGCCCCUGUCCCACCGGCUUCGGGGCGCCCGGUGCGGGAAUCUCUCCUUGUCUCGGUGAGGCCGGCGGCGCGCAGUCGCCUCGCGGCUGGCAGGCUGCGGCGCGGCGCAAACGGGGCGAGGGCUGAGGCGGAGGAGGCGCGGCUGCCGCUGGUCACGUCGGACGAGGAGGCGGAGGAGGCCGACGAUCCGCUCGCCGACUACGACAUCUGA